AUGACAGAUAUGUUGGAUGAAAUGUAUCGGGGCAUCCCUGAUCUUAAUGAGCAGGGUAGCGUAUAUGAAGUCAUGUUUGAACAUUAUUUACACUUUAAAAGGAUUUUUGAAGAAUCAAGUAAGUAUAUUGGUGAUCCUUGUGAUACUUAUUGUGGUGGAGCUGGAUGUGGAAAGUGCGGAGGGCUCUCCUGUAAUAAUGGUCUCGUAAACACCGCUGAGCUUGCCCUCAAGUUUGCAGAUGAUGCCAAGGAAAUGCUGAAGAAGAAGGAGGCUUCAGUUGAUGAGCUAUUACGAGGCAUUUCUGGGGCUAAAAGGCAGUCUGAUGUAGCCUCAGACUUGGCUCAAAUGGCCUAUGACCUGGCCUUCAGCUCCCGCAACUUAACAGAUUCAUACAAAGCAAGAAUUACUAAGCUCUUAGAAGAAAUAGAAGAAUACUUUAGCACACCUGGUGCCAAACCCCAAGAAAUUAGGGAUCUAGCUGAAGAGGUCUUGAGCAUCGUUAUCUCCCUGGAACCAGAACAGAUUACAGACCUAGCAGAGAAGAUCACACUUGCCAUUGAGACUCUAACAAAUAUUAAUGCAAUUAUUGAUGCAACUAGGAAUGAUCUAGACCUCGCAAUACAGUUGAAAGAAAGAGCUGACAGAGCCAAGAUUAAGGCUGAAGGAACUCUGGGUGUAGCAGAGCGUGUUGUAGAAGCCCUCACUGAAGCAAGUGCAGCACAGGAUGCUGCAGAACAAGCUAUUGUGCAGGCUAGUGAUGACAUUGAGGCCACCCAGACUCAUCUUACCCAGAUUGCUAGUGAGACCAGUGUAGCUCAGGCAAAGCCAAUUCCUCACUAAGGGAGGUACAGGACCUGGAAAGGAGAGUUGAGAGUGUAAAGUUGCAGUAUAUCAUCAAUCAACAACAUCUCGAAGAUACAACUGCUGCUGUCAACCAGGCGGAUCUCAAAGCACAGCGAGCAGCCAAUGAUGCUAAACAGCUG